AUGGAGAUGGUUGAACAGUCUCCACUUAUAUCUAGUUUAAUGUCAACUCCCAUGAGUUCAAGUCUUGGAUGUGCACGCUUAGAGCUACGAAAUACACAAUGCACACCUGUAGCAGUAUCCGAUGGCAUGAAACUUCUGCGGUAUGCUGUUUCUGUUGGAGAUUCAGAUAGAGUUUAUAAACUAUUGAGAUUUUCACAUAUAUCACCAAUUGACCAUGGUACUGAUAUGCCUGUUAUCUGUAAGGCAGCUGUGAAAGGUUAUACGGAUAUUGUUGGUCUCCUUAUCAGACAUGGUGCAUCAGCAAAUGCAAGGUCAACUGAUGGUUCUACACCCUUAAUUUAUGCUGCUGAUGGUGGUCAUCUCACUGUUUUAUCACUGCUGUUAGAUGCAGGAGCGUUAGUCAACACUAUUAAUUGCCAUGGUGAAUGUGCUCUUACCCGUGCUACCCGUCGUGGAUGGGUUCAUUGUGCACGAUUUCUCUUAAGCCAUGGAGCUAAUCCGAAUCCGAUGCCAUCUGAUGGGCAUACUUUUGUGGUAUCACCACUACAUUUAGCUCGCCAAAUGCAUCAAACAGUUAUAGAACAAGAUAUUUUAAAAAGAACAGUUGAGAUUGACAAAGCUGUUGCUGAAAUAGUAGCAACGACUCUACCAAAUCAUUUGACUUUGAUAGAACCAGGACAUUUACCAGAGACAAUGUCUUUGAGUUUGUUUCCUGUUCAAAUCUUCUCUUCAGAAGAGCUUAGUCGCUUUGUUUUGUACUUUAAAACACCUCCUGGGUAUGGCUCACGCAGUGUACAAAUGGGAAAUAAAGAAUCUUCCAGUGGAUCGACACCGUCUGACGAGCUGAUAUUCGUAUAUGUGAUUCGAGCGCAGUUAUCAGACAAUCAUGUCUCUUGCUGGCUCACUGGACCUCCCAUGGAAUCAUUAUCAUUGAGCUUUAAUGGAACGAAAAAACACUGUACUGUGAUUCCCUUGUCUUCUGAGUAUUCUGGUAUUUGCGUAUAUUCAGUAUCUACAGUAAUUAGGAGUGGUGGACUUAAUACUCUCUGCCUAGAGCUACGUCCCCAAGACCAAUCAAUUGGUGAAACAGCUCAGAGUGCAUCAUAUGAUUCAGUUGUUCUUGUUGGAGCUUACCGUAUUCGUCUGGAUGUAACCUCUUUAAUAAUGGCCUCAGUGAAUCCAGUUUCCUCAACAGGAACCACUAAAGCAAGCGUGUACAUCCCCAGAUCAGCCAUAUGA